UAACAAGUUACUGUCAAACACUGCCGACAGUAUUCUCGCGGCGUUUCUUUCGUGCUGUCACAUUUUACUAGUCUGAACGGGAAAGUGAAGUGACCACGUUGAAAGUUUGGUGAAUGAAAAAGUCAGUGAUCGGCAAUUUGUGAUUUCGUUAGAAGAGCAAUUAUUAUCCUCUACAGGAGAACAUGGCUGGUUACGCUAAAGAACCGACUGUGGUGUCAAAGCCAGGCUUUAAUGCAGCGGAGGAUGGGGUAGCUCUUCGAACAGCCAUGAAAGGCUUAGGAACUGAUGAGCAAGCCAUUAUUGACAUAUUAACGGCUCGCAGUAACUCCCAGAGACAAGAAAUCGCGAAAUUCUUCACUCAAGAGUAUGGUCGGAACAUAAUCGAAGAUUUAAAGAGCGAAUUGGGCGGAAAAUUUGAAGACGUAAUAUUGGCUUUGAUGACACCACCCGUGGAUUUUAUGGCCAAACAACUUCACAAGGCAAUGUCUGGCAUUGGAACUGAAGAGGAGGCUCUAGUAGAAAUUCUCUGUUCACGAGAUAACCGUGAAGUUGGGGAAAUUGUCGAAGCUUAUGAAGAGCUUUACAAUCGUCCCUUAGCUGAACAUUUAUGCAGUGAAACUUCUGGCGAUUUUAGAAGGCUACUUACGCUUAUUGUUACGAAUUGUGUCAAGCAGGGGGUGAGAAACGCCCAAACGGAAGUUCAUCCGGAACGCGCGAGAGAGACGGCUGAGAUGCUCUACAACGCUGGGGAAGGGAAACUCGGUACUGACGAAGAAAUAUUUAAUAAGAUCCUGGCGCAUGAGUGUUUCGGGCAACUUCGACUCAUCUUCGAAGCUUACAAGGAAGUCAGUGGAAGAACAAUUGAGCAGGCUUUACGAGACGAAGUCAGUGGCGAGUUGAAGGAUGCUAUGCUAGCCAUAGUGGAGUGCGUACAAAGUCCUCCGACAUUCUUCGCUAAGAAAUUGCGCAAAGCUAUGGAAGGCGCUGGUACAGAUGAUCAAACCCUUAUACGUAUAAUAGUCAGUCGCUCGGAAAUCGAUCUUGGGAAUAUAAAACGGGAUUAUGAGCGCCUCUACGACAAGACUUUAGAAUCAUCCGUCAAGAACGAGACAUCUGGUGACUAUAAACGAGCUUUAGUUGCAUUGAUUGGAGGACCUUAAUCUUGAAUUUUUUAGAAAAAUUCCAGAAGUAUUUUCAAAUUAUAAUAAAAAAUGUAUUUGAAAGGCUUAUAAGAAGCGAAUUGUAAUUUUCUUAGUACAGAAAUUCAAUGAAAAAUCUUUUAAUUAUGGGCACAUGUAAUGGUAACUACUGAAUAAAAAGUUAUUUCUAAAA